AUGGGUGUAGAGCAGAAGUCACAAGGAGAAGAGGAAGAAGACGAGCUGAGUUCAUCAGUAGAACAACGUGUAGAGAUACCUUUUACAUGUAUUCUCAAUUGCAGGGCUCUUCUUCAACAUAUACUGAGCUUCAGAUUCCGUCUGAUACACGAUUGCCCAGUAGCACAAGAUGCCAGACAAAGCGCAUCUGAUUCCAAUCUCAAGCAAUACAUGAGCUUAUCGACCAGAUACCAUAACGUACAGGACAAAUUUGCGAGUAGAGAGCAGCGUCAAGAGGCUUUCUAUAUCGGUCAUAUGGUGGACUCCAUCCAAGACCUCAUGGUAACGGCUGGGGAGGCUAGCACCAGAUCUGAAUUGGUCGACCUACAAAGAAACCACCCUAAGACUUCGCACAACCUACAGAGGUCGAUUAGAGCAAUAUUUGCGCUGAAUUUUGUUGCUCGACUAAAUUCGUUUACGGACUUACGUGGCCGCGCGGACCCGCCGAAUCUGUAUUGGAGUCAAAUCCCCGAGUCGGUAAAUUCCGAUCCGGACACAUUCGAGUUUCUGGGUAUUGCCAUCGUAUCAAAUAUGGUUGCUGACGUUGUGGGAAUGGGGGAAAGUUCAAUUAUACUAAGCGGAAAUAAGAAGCUGUGUAAGAUGUAUGAAUCCUUCGACCCGUCACUCCGUUUCCCCCCUCCCGAGUUCCUGGUUUUGUUCAAUGAGGCAGUGAGGCUGAGUCUCAGGUGCAAUUUGCUCGUUGUUGGUGCUGUUGGUGCCGUGUGGUCCGUGCCGCAGAGGGAAAAUGGGCGAAUCGAGAAUGGGAAAGAGCCAGGGGAUGGAAGAAAGUACGCACGCGACCACCUGCCACAGCAACGGCGAUUCACCGCAGCUUACUCCGUCUCACCUCAUCAAAGUCUCACUCAUCUCUCAAUCUCAUUCUCACUCUCACUUUCACGUUCACUUUCACUCUCACACUCUUGUUCACUUCAUUACUCAAAAGCUCGUCUCAAAACAACUAGAGCGGCUCCUGUUUCCCUGAUUCAUCAACAUCAUUCUUCCAUCCACCUACAAAAGGAGAGCCGCAACCGCACCCAGAUGAUUGAGGGAUCGCCAAGCUAA